UGAACGAGGAAGGCGACGUGAUGGCGAGAGGUCCUCCCAUGUGAUGUGACUGAGGCCUGACGGACUGUGCUCGUCUGUUAUGGCUCCUCCUGCUACAGUAGAACGGGGCUAGACGUAAUACCAGUGCGGGGAAACGGGAGUUAACACACCGCGAUACGUUUCUCGGGAGCCUCGGCUAAAGAUGGCAGAUUGUGCAAUGCUGACGAAAAAGACAUAGACGGUGUCCUCGGCGUUGCCUCUUCUGCUGUGAAGGCUUCGAUAUUUCCUCAAGAUUACCAACACCCCAAAUGAACUCCGUCAGAGCAAGUAACGUUAGCAGAAGACCUAGGCGAGUAUCGAGGCCGCGCCCGGUGCAGCCGGAGAGGAACCACCAGGAAAGAGGGUCUAACAGACUGUUUGUAGUGGUUACAAGCCUAGUAGCCAGUGAGAGUCAUCCUUGAAACCAGAGCAACAAGCAGAGAUCUGGGGUAGCUAUCAACUCAUCAUACCUUGAUGAGGACGUUCCUGCAGAUAUGGUUGCAGAAGAAUCCGGUCCUGGAGCUCAGAAUAGUCCCUACCAACUUAGAAGAAAGUCUCUACCCAAGAGAACAGUGUGUCCGACAAAGCCAAGCAUGGAGGGUGCUUCCACUUCAACCACAGAAAACUUUGGACACCGACCUAAGCGUCCCAGAGUUUCUGGAAAGUGUCAAGAUUUACCAGCAGCUCCAGCAGAGCAAUAUUUGCAAGAGAAGCUUCCAGAUGAGGUGGUGCUAAAGAUCUUCUCAUACCUGUUGGAGCAGGACCUGUGCCGUGCAGCAUGUGUGUGCAAGCGCUUCAGUGAGCUGGCCAAUGACCCUAUCCUCUGGAAGAGGCUGUACAUGGAGGUUUUUGAAUACACGCGACCCAUGAUGCACCCCGAGGCAGGGAAAUUCUACCAGAUAAAUCCAGAAGAAUAUGAGCAGCCAAACCCGUGGAAGGAAAGUUUUCAGCAGUUGUAUAAAGGCGCACAUGUAAAACCAGGCUUUGCAGAACACUUUUACAGUAAUCCUGCCAGAUACAAAGGAAGAGAUAACAUGUUUUACUAUGACACCAUUGAGGAUGCUCUUGGAGGGGGUCAGGAGCCUCACUUUGACGGCCUGAUAUUUGUCCACUCUGGUAUUUACACAGACGAAUGGAUCUACGUCGAGUCGCCUAUCACAAUGAUUGGCGCUGCUCCUGGAAAAGUAGCAGAGAAAGUUAUCAUUGAGAAUACCAGAGACUCUACGUUUGUAUUCAUGGAAGGCUCAGAAGAUGCCUAUGUUGGAUACAUGACCAUUAGGUUUAAUCCUGAUGAUAAAUCCGCCCAGCACCACAAUGCACACCAUUGCUUGGAGAUUACAGUCAAUUGCAGCCCCAUCAUUGACCACUGCAUCAUACGCAGCACGUGCACAGUGGGGUCAGCAGUGUGUGUCAGUGGUCAGGGUGCUUGUCCCACAAUCAAGCACUGCAACAUCAGUGACUGUGAAAAUGUUGGUCUUUACAUCACUGACCAUGCACAGGGAAUCUAUGAAGACAACGAGAUUUCAAACAACGCUCUGGCUGGGAUCUGGGUGAAAAACCACGGCAACCCAAUCAUCAGACGGAAUCACAUCCACCACGGCAGAGACGUGGGAGUUUUUACAUUUGACCACGGCAUGGGUUACUUUGAGAGCUGUAAUAUCCAUAGGAACCGUAUAGCCGGCUUUGAGGUGAAGGCAUACGCCAAUCCGACAGUGGUUCGUUGUGAGAUCCAUCAUGGUCAGACAGGAGGCAUCUACGUGCAUGAAAAGGGCCGCGGCCAGUUCAUUGAAAACAAGAUCUUUGCAAAUAACUUUGCAGGCGUGUGGAUCACUUCCAACAGUGACCCCACAAUACGGGGAAAUGCCAUUUUUAAUGGUAACCAAGGUGGAGUUUAUAUUUUUGGUGAUGGCAGAGGCCUCAUUGAAGGAAACGACAUCUAUGGUAACGCCUUGGCAGGAAUCCAGAUCAGGACAAAUAGCUGCCCUAUUGUCAGGCACAACAAGAUUCAUGAUGGCCAACAUGGAGGAAUAUAUGUGCAUGAAAAAGGACAAGGAGUCAUUGAGGAGAAUGAGGUGUACAGCAACACACUGGCAGGAGUGUGGGUUACAACGGGCAGUACGCCAGUGCUGAGGAGGAACAGGAUACACAGCGGGAAGCAGGUUGGGGUUUACUUCUAUGACAAUGGCCAUGGUGUGCUUGAAGACAAUGAUAUCUACAAUCACAUGUACUCUGGAGUUCAAAUAAGGACGGGCAGCAAUCCUAAGAUCAGACGGAACAAGAUCUGGGGAGGCCAGAAUGGCGGCAUUUUGGUUUACAACUCAGGCUUAGGUUUCAUCGAGGACAAUGAGAUCUUUGACAAUGCAAUGGCAGGUGUGUGGAUAAAGACAGACAGCAACCCCACCCUGCGGAGGAAUAAAAUCCACGACGGGCGAGAUGGCGGGAUCUGUAUAUUCAACGGAGGAAGAGGUUUGCUAGAGGAGAAUGACAUUUUCAGAAAUGCCCAAGCGGGGGUCCUCAUUAGCACCAACAGUCACCCAGUACUGCGGAAAAACAGGAUAUUUGAUGGCUUCGCUGCAGGUAUUGAAAUCACCAACCAUGCCACGGCGACUCUAGAGGGCAAUCAGAUCUUCAACAAUCGUUUUGGGGGGUUGUUUCUUGCGUCUGGUGUCAAUGUUACAAUGAAAGAUAAUAAAAUAUUGAACAAUCAAGAUGCCAUUGAAAAAGCUGUGAGCAGAGGUCAGUGCCUGUACAAGAUUUCAAGUUACACCAGCUACCCAAUGCACGAUUUUUACAGGUGUCACACUUGUAACACAACAGACCGCAACGCCAUUUGCGUGAACUGUAUCAAGAAGUGUCACCAAGGACAUGAUGUAGAGUUCAUCAGACACGAUAGAUUCUUCUGUGACUGUGGUGCUGGGACGCUGUCAAAUCCUUGCACGUUAGCAGGAGAGCCGACACAUGACACAGACACUCUGUAUGACUCAGCUCCCCCUAUAGAGUCCAAUACACUGCAGCACAACUGAAGUCCCGAGGUGCUUCUGCGCUUCAGCAGUAAUGGACGUAUAAGACACUUUAAGUUGUGCCGUGGAUGAGCAAUUCCAAACUAAAACACAGAUUCACUUUGGCAAAAAUAUACAGUGACUUUAAAAAGUAAAACAAAACAAAAAAAAGACUUGCGACUCGGAUAUUCUAAAAGAAGACAUUUAGAAAAAAGGUGAUUAUGGAUGCCUCACAUUUUCUUUUCCUUACAUUUUUUGACAAAAGAUGACAUCAGUGGGACAGAGCAGAAGAGCGACUGAUUCGGGAUUUGUGGGUCUGUUGAUUUGGUCAAGUAAAUGAUGCCGGUGAGAGUUGGACAAAAUCCACCGAGGCUUAUCUGCUUUUGGGAAGCGGAUGAACGGAAUACUGCAGUGUACAGAUCCACCAUGGAGAGUCAGUCAGAAGAGGUUACAGCUUGUCUCAUGAAAAGGCAAAAGCCCCCAAAUACAACAAUGCUUCCAUCACUGGGCAACCGACGUGCUCGUAUAAUAUGUACGGGAAAAAUGACCUAGCACUUCAGCAUUUUUUUUUUUUUUCUUCAAGACAACUGUUGAGAUUUGAUUUUAAUGCUUUUUUUGUGUAGUUUUGUAUUUUCAUGCAAAAAUCUUACUGUACUUGAAUGUCUUUAUUUUAUUAAGUGUUUUAAUUUUUUUUUUUGUUAUUAUACCCUAGAAUUGCUGUAAUUAUACUCAUGUCGCAGUAUCUAACUUCUUUCUGUGAAAGAGAUCAGAGACAAGAGAGGAAAACACUAAACACUUUCUCCAGCAAUGUUGACUCCUUUACACUUGCAAUACAGAAAAAUAGAUGUGUAAUUGUGCUUUCACAAGACUUGUAUAUCUUCUUGUUUGUUGAUGAUGUUCCAGUCUGCUUUACAUGAUCUAUGCAUAUUUUUUUGUUUAGUAUCUGUUGGCCUGUCACCAUUACUUUAAUUGAAGACCUGACAGUACAGAUGUACAUGCAACUGCAUCUUGAUUGGAAAUUAACCCAUGAUAAGCUAAUUAAGACAGGUUUCUUUUUAAUAAUCUCUGGCCCUGGUCAGCAUUUGACAAUAAAAUAUUGAACAAUCAAGAUGCCAUUGAAAAAGCUGUGAGCUGAGGCCAUUUAGGCUGUUACUUUGUGAAUUGAUCUCAGUUCAGUAAUCUAGACACAAGUGUCUUUUUCGCUACCGUCGCAGGCACAGAUGCUGUUUAACAGCCCAUUAGGUUACAAACUUCUGGCUUCCUUUAUGUCCUCCAAAUGAAAGAGCCGAGUCUUAUGAAAGCAUAAGUUUUGAUGCGUUUUCCCAUUGUUUGCCAAUGUUGCUGGAGAAUUUAAAGAGGCUUUUACUCUACUGAAGCUGAGACAAGUAUCUAUAUACAGCGCUUUAUUGGUUUUAUUGCCCCCUUCCCCCAAUUCAUGUGUACUGGUGAUUGUGGGUUCUCAUACAGACUGAAAUGUAUGCAUGUAUCAUAACAUCUAGACUUAAUAUAUUGUGAAGUAUUCAAUAACCGUUAUGUAGGCGCUAGCGUGAAUUAAAAGGGUUUAAUUUC